AUGGAGGAAGAGCAAGCAUUAAUGAUACCUGGCCUCCCGUACGACAUUGCCAUACUCUGCAUCGCCAAAGUGCCUCACCGUUUCCUCCCCGGACUCUGGCUGAUCUAUCGGCGUUGGCGUGAUUUAGUGACAGAUCAUUUAUUCCUCCGUUACCAUGAGAGAAUUGGCUCGGCGGAGCAUCUUAUUUUUAUCGUCCAAGCCCUGGGCGGUACCGCCGCCAAUCUCAGUCUGUCGGUUAAGGCCUUAUCCGUCUAUAUCGCCACGGACAAUUCAUGGCACCGCCUCACCUCGCCAAAGCCGAUUCCAAUGUUCGCUCAUUGCGUUGCCGUCGAAAAGAGGCUGAUCCUUGUCGGCGGAUGGGAUCCCGUGCGGCUCUAUCCGAUGCCAGAUGUGUGGAUUGUAGAUCUCAUCACCGGGGAGUGGAGAAAGGGCCGGCCGAUGUCAACCGCACGAUCUUUCUUCGCUUGCGCUGCAGUUGGCGGGAGGGUUUACGUCGCUGGAGGGCACGACGAGAUGAAGAAUGCGCUGCGGACGGCAGAGAUUUACGAUGUGGAGGCGGAUGAGUGGGAGGCGAUGCCGGCGAUGGCGGAGGAAAGAGACGAGAGUCAAGGAGUGGAAAUCAGGAGCAGAUUCUGGGUGAUAAGUGGAUAUCGUACGCAAACGCAAGGGCAGUUUACUGAUUCAGCCGAGUGGUACGAUCCGGAGAAGGGUGUUUGGCUGACUGAGGAAGGGGUGUGCUCGGAGGAAUCGGGCUCAUCAGCCUGCUUCGCGGGAGGCGACGGGUUGUGGUGUGUGGGGAGGAUAGGGGCAAGGGAAUAUAGGGAAGGAAAUGGGUGGAACCCGGUCGCUCAAGCAGCAGAGGGGAUGAAGGGUACUUCAUGCAUGGCAUGCAACCAUGGGAGGCGGCAAGAUUUUCGUGAUGGGGGCCGCCAGAGACGGUGGAGGCGCUGCCAGUGGCAGAGAAGGUUAUGGAAGAUGGAUUUUGGACAUUGGAGCAGGGAAGUGGAUAAGGGUUGA